AUGUACUUCCCAAUCCUCGCGCUCAUCUAUCUACUCAUACCCUGCACCUUUGCGAAUGGCUGCCACCAAGGAAAGGACAACAUCGGUUGCCCAACCGCGAUAGGGACCGACGUGUUCACGACCGCCAUAGCGGAUUUCUGCAACAACCAUUUCCUGGUGCCGAACAGUCUUCCCACCACGGUAUCCAUCAACGUGGGCAACAGCUGGCCGGGCCUGAUCUACAGCUUGACGAUCUACGAGGACGAAUUCGGGACCGAUGUGUCAUUAUGGGCCAAUUUCCGCGUCGAUAGAACUUCGAACGGAGAUCCGUAUGUCCUCGACUACGCCCUCUGCAUCUCUCUCCUCGGGCAAGCCAGCAUCGGCAAUCACACCGAGAGUAAUUACGGGGACGACUGCGCGUAUAGCCAGGGAUCGUCGUUUGGGGGAUGGGGAAACACGGAUUUUGGGACCGUCUUUGCGGAGCCGAUCUGUCCGCCCGGUAAGGGUUGUCUGCCGUGGAACAUAAGACCUUUGGGUUGCUGA